AUCUACUACAAAAUCUGAUAAUUAUAAUAACAUUACCGUCAUCACGAUGCUUCAUUAGUACAAAAAUGAAUAGAUAACACUCAUUAUAGUUUUCUAUUUAGUUCGGCCUCAGGGCAGAUAUCACUGCGUUCGCGGUUACCCUCGAUCGAGGUCGUAAUAUAAUUACGUAGGGAAAUGGCAUUAAAUAAUUUAACGAACGCAAGUUGACGAGAAAAAAAAAAAAAUGUUUGUUGACGAAAAAUUACAAUAAAAGGGCGAGCGGUUUCAAAAUGAAAACCAGUACGACCGCGUGCAGCAAACAGACACGAGAUUUAACACGAUAAUUUUUAAUAUUUUUGGACAAAGAAAAACAACCGGUUAGAAAAUGUCGGCGAAUAAACUCCUUAUGGUAAGUAUGUUAAAUUUAUUAUGGCCAUAGUAUAUAGUUACGUUUAAAAUGUAAAAAAAUAAUUAAAAUCGAGUGUGUCUCGCAUAUUAUAAUAUACAAUGAACAAAUAUAAUUAUUUUUGGACAACGUAACUAUUAAUUAAUAAUCAUUUAAUUACAAUUAUCUUUUUAUUGAAAAAUAAUAUCCUCGAAGGUACUCGUGAAACUACAUAGAAUGUGAUAUUAAUAAUUGUAUGCAGGUACCUAUAUAGUGUUAGGGUAGCGUUGAACAAUAGAUUUUUAUUAUUAGAAAAAAUUAGUUUUCUUAAAGUAUAAAUGUAUAAAUUUUCAUUUAGAAUAUUCAAAAGCGGUGAAUGAACACCAAUAAGUAUUCAAAUUUAAUAUCAUUUUGAUUUUGAAAGAAACAAAAAAUACGUUUCCAAAUAAGUGUUUCUUUUUUUUUUUUUUUUUAUAAAUGGCGUUAUCGUACGACAUUUAUCCAACGUUUUUACACUGUUCCGAAUUGCGUUCGCCCGAAUGAAGCGCAAUCUUCAAAAUAUAAAAAAAAAAACACAUUUUCCGCUGAGAACGUAAUAAAAUACAACGUGUAUUGUGUGGGGUAAAAAAUCGCGAUUCGAAAGUGCCCAAUGAAAACACAUAACAGUUUUAUGACUUAGAAAACUGUAGCGAAUUAUCGAAGCGAUAACUUUAUACUUGAAAAUUAUUUCGUUGUUUAUUGUGAAUUUAAGAUGCGCGCACAACAGACGUGAGCUUCUCGUAGGUCGCAAAACCCGUGUUAUACAAUAUAAAGUUGCAAACGGAUUAUUAUCUAGAUAACUUAAAAUUGUCUUGUAUCAUUCGUUAAUUGUUUUCUUUAUAUUUACGUAGAUAAAAAUAUUGGUUAUCUUUCUCAACACUGGACAUAUACAAAUAAUAUAGACGGCUAAAAAAUUCUGGUUUUUUCAGUUGAUGUUAUCGGUAUUGGUGGUAAUGAUUUCCUUCGUCUUCGCCUUGCCUACUCCGGCCGAUACAGAAACCAUGAAACCCGCAGAAACUUCUCACUUGUCGUUCAGAUUCGGCGGUUAUCCGGGUUACGGAUACGGAUUCGACGGGGGAUACGGAUACGAUAGCGGAUAUGGAUACGGCGGAUACCGAGGUGGUAUAGGUACGGUUAUCUAAUUAUUUUAGUUUGUGAAAUUCACGAAAAAUAUUGUUUUAUUAAUAAUUGUAUAGUUGAGUUUAAAAAAAAAAAUACCGUUUAUGAUUUACAGGCUUGAGUAUCAACAGCCCGUAUUACAACGCCUAUCGAUCUGGUUACAUGAUGAACCGCUAUCCUGAACAUAUUUUUUUCAAAUAGGUGUUAAAACCGAUUUGACGAUAACAAUGUUUCAACGCAGCCAUAAAUAAAUGUAAAUUACACUGAGCAAUCAAACAAAAUUUCGUUUAAUUAAAAAAAAAAAGAAACAAUAAUAAAUAAUAAAUUCAAUUGAAAAU